AUGAAAGAGACAGCAACUUCAUGUACUCUUGUUGGUGCACUCAUUGUUACAAUCAUGCUUGCUGCAACGUUCACUGUUCCGGGUGGGAACUAUGAAAGAACUGCUUACCCAAAGUUUCUUGAUGGCAAAACAUUCAUGCUCUUCAUCAUAUCAGAUGCAAUCUCACUUUUCUCUUCCACUACUUCAGUUUUGAUGUUAUUGGGAAUCCUCACUUCCACAUAUGCUGAAGAUGAUUUCCUCAAAUCUUUGGCUAAGAAGCUCAUGAUUGGUCUUGGCAAACUUUUCCUCUCCAUUGCUACAAUGAUGAUAUCUUUCUGUGCUGCUGUUUCCAUGAUGCUUGAUGAUAAGAAAUCUUGGGUUGCGUUUUUAAUCAUUUCUCUGGGCGGUAUUCCAGUCACUUUGUUUGUUUUAAUUCAAUUCCCUCUUCUUAUUGAGAUUUACCUUUCUACUUAUGGACCUAAUAUUCUCAAUAGGAAGCCAUCAAGUUGA